UAGUCCCAAAGCAUGUGACGUAUUACUCGUGCGCCCGCUGCGUGUAAACAAAGUAGUGAGCGGGCGGCCAAUAUAAAUGUUGAUUUGUUUACUUUAAAUGCGCUCGCAGCCGCAGAGGGCUCGAAGUUAGCUUCACAGAAUGUCUUAAUACGUUUAUUGUUCAACUUUGAAGAGAUUUAAGUGCUUCGGUGACUUCGACUGAGUAUCAAUUGCUUGACAGCGGAGGCUCAUCUUUGCAGGUAAUGGAAGAUUUCUCUGGUUUGGCCCUCCCUCCUCUAUUUGGGGGUCACAUCCUGGAAGCAGAACUGGAGCCUGGUGGUGUGGAACUAGGACCCGAAGAGGUGGAAUUGGGACCAAGGAGCAGUGAGCUGCUGGAGAGCGUUACCCAAGAGGACGAGGGGAGACGAGUGCUUGAUAAGAGGAAAUACCUGACUCUGAACAGACGAUGCAAAGAGAUUGAACAGGUGAAUCAGAAGAUCCUUGGUCGCCUUCAUCAAGUCCAAAGACUGACACGACGGUUGAAGAAAGAAAGGCGGUUCCUCAUGAAGACCCUGGACCACCACGGAGACGACUACAGAAAGGCUCAGCUGAGCGUGCUGCUGGAGGAUGAGCCUGGAGCCCCUUCAGACACGGCCACAGGGUCCCAGGAUGACCUCAUCAACGGUUCAUCUCCUGCCUUCCAUCAUCCCCCCGGCUCCAAGAAGAGAAGACAUGCAGCGCCGCGCCAAGACAAGGAUCACCAAACUGAAGCAGACAUGUCGGUGCUGGCCGACACACACUUUGGAGAGAUGCCCAGUCCCACGUCGCUGUCACACUGACCGUGCGCUACAUAUACUCUCUACAUCAGGUAGACUUUCCCCCCUGGACAAUGGUAUUGUUUUUUUCUUCUGAUAGUUGAUGUUUCAGGAUGGCAUCACAUAAUAAUGAACUCUGUUCAAACGGCGCUCCUUGAUGUGUCUGAGAAGUGAUUUCCAACACAUUCUGCUGCCACCUUGUGGCCGUAUCCAACAGCACACCUUGCGGCUGGUCAUAUUUGGCCUUGCGCGAGAGGUUUCGCACGAUACGGGUAAUCGUGGUAAAUGUGUUUCUUUUUCUUUUUUUUUUAUCGUGUUUUGGAAUUUUCCUAUCCAAUAAAGAAACGCCCAGAGAAAAGUA